CUGAUUUCCAUCUUCCAGCAAUUCUAGCGCAGCGAGAAAUAAAAAGAAGGACGCACUACUACUAAGCACCGCCAACUUCUAGGAACUAAAGCCGUAGCUGCAUGUGAAUCUAUCACGACGAGCAUCAAAAUGCCUGCUACUUCCUCCAAAACCCGGCUGACCGGCUCGACCGCUGCGUCUUCGUCGUCGAAGCCUCAUAAAAACGGCAAAUCCACCCAACAAAAGUCUGCGGCCACGACAAGUUCUAAGCCAGCAUCUUCCAGAACUGGGACGAAGCGAAAAGAAGCGUCAGGUACUAGUACCGCGACGAGGAAUAUUAAGAUCAAACCUGAACAAGCUCCCAAAAGAGCAAAUGCUGCGACUUCUAAAGCUGCUGCUGGGACUUCUAAAGUGAAGAAGGAGCUGGAACAAGUUGUAAAACACGAACCGGAUCACGUGGAUGACAACGAGGCAGAUGAAAAUCAUGAACUCCCACGAGGAUCAUCCCCAGAACCAAAGCGACGGAAGGUGAAGAAGCAGGAAGAGCCGAAAAUAAAUGCGGAUGUUGUGGAGAGCAACGGUUCUUCAUCUAAAUCGAAAAUCAUUACAGCCGGGAAGAACUACGACAAGCAGCCUGAAAUCGUGCCACCUGCCUCUUCCUCUUCUUCUCUUCAACACCUCCUGCUGCAAACGAAUAAAAGCGACCCCAUGGCGUUCAUGCUGGCUUUGAACACGAAGCUGGGAAAGGAAAUCGCCGACCUGGACGCGGUAUGCACUGCAAAAGUAUCGCAGUACUCGUAUAAAUGCAUUACAAAUUUUCUCAGCAUGAGAAAUGAAAUUCGUAAUGCGGAUUUGCCUUAAGGCAAAGAUCUGUAAUGCAUAACUGCAAUUACUACGACACGAGUGCGAUACUUUUGCGCAGCAUACGCGGAAAUUGACACCUAUGCGGACAAGAAGGAGAAAAAGGCGCAGAAAACUUCUUCCCGCAGAAGUGUUGCUGAUACUAAAGCAGCUAGUGCACGAGCUGCAGCCGGUUGUUCCUCCGCGAUGAAUAAGGGAACAAAAGGGAACAUCAAGUGUUCAUCCAUCGACCCCUCCGACCCAGAGCAAGUGAGCAAAGUGCUAGAAGAAAACGAGACGGUCUUAAACCGGAUGUUUUCCAAAUCUUCCAGAUCAGUUUCCAAAAGCAGCGCCGGCGCACCAGCUGGUCAAAGCCACAACCACAGGGGGUCGAAAAAUAACAAAAACUUCCGGCACAUCAAUUAUGGUGGGGAGACGACAGUGUAUGAUUUGUUGAACGAUCCAGAUUCGGAAGUAGAACGGGAUGAGGAAAACUACGCCGGUAUGACGCCGUGCGACCCGGUGACCGGGAUAACGAAAAAUUUCAUUUCGCACCUGCAGUACGACCAGCCUCUUGGCACCGCGAAAGGAAACAAGAACGCAGCGCGCGGUGCUGGGAAGAAGAAGAGCAAAAAAAGAAGUGCAAAGUUGUACGAGGAUGUUGAUCCUUAUGCACACCAAAGAGCGGCUGACUUCAACCCCUCCGCCACCCCCGCGGUCAUCGACAUCAACCCUUCGGCCACGCCCGCGUUUUUUAAUCUUGACGAGAGAGGUCGUGUACACUCCAAGAACAGCGGCUGCAGUUCGAAGAAUUCCCGGGCAUCAUCCGGUGGGGAUAAUUUGAUGAAGAGCAAAAGUGACAAAGUAGUCGCUGUGAAAAAGAAAAAGCGGGAUGACGAUGAGCCACUCGAUGAGCAGCUUGUGGAGCGGAAGAAGCGGAAGAGGGAGCAUGAGAAAAUUAAAAGAGACGCGGUGAGUUUCCAACUCCAACAGGAGUUACUAGUCAAGUCCUAUUCCACGAAGGAGAAGAAGCAACUAUUGAAGAAGUUGGAAAGAGACUACGAAAAACAGUUCCAACUCGUCGAUCUGAAAGACGGUCGUGACUUGCUUGUCGAAGAGGAGAACAACGACGAAAUAAACCACACAGGAGCUCUCAUCUCUGCGAGCGGUGGGAAUGUUUUGAUAAGAGAAGACAUGGAGAAGGUGAAUUUUCUCGGCAAAAUCAACUUCGACCCCACUGCGUACGGGCAGGAAGUGCUGCACGCGUUGCCGUCAGAUGUGGUUUUGGGAAAGAACAACAGAAGCAAUAAACAAGCAGGAGGGAAAAAUAAACAGGGUAAGAAAAAGAAGGAGGAUAUUCUGGGCUUAAACAAGUUAGGCGAGAAUUUACCGGAGCUGAAAGAAUUGAUGGGUAGCAGCAGCAGCAGUAACAGUAGUAGUUCUUCGGAACAAUCAGAAGGUCCGGCUUCGAGUGAGGAUGAUUCGGAGGAAGAGUAUGAUGAUUUUGUACGAAAGAAGAAGGAAAAACAUCGACGACGCCGCAAGUUUCAUGAAGAUGGCGAUGAUUUCGCUGCAUCUGACGAAGACCAAAACGGCGACGAAGAGCAAGAUGACGAAUGGGAUGAGCAGCAUAAAUCUGAAAGAAACAGGCACCACGCACGAACAUCUAAGAAAGUAAAGCCGCUGCUGAAGAAGCGCAUCCGGAAAAUCAAGGACUUCACGGGGGAAAACGCGACGGAUUUCUCCGGCCUCCGGGGAGUCCAGUUCAAAUAUGAGCCGAAAAACAUCAAUUACAGCUACUGGCGAGUGUGUCACCACCUAUCCACUGCAAAAGUAGCGUACUCAAGUACAAACUGCAUUACAAAUUUUCUGGGCAUGCCACAUGGAGUUUGUCAUCCUGGUUUAUCUUGGAGAGCUAGAUUUGCCAUGCAUACCCGCAAUUAGCACGAGUGCGAGACUUUUGCAAUGCAUACCACCAGGCGGUGAGUAAUCCGUUCAAGGAUAAGGAGACGACGGAUAGUUUCAUGGACGAGAAAGUUCUGUCCGAUGACGAAGACGAUUAUUUCCCCGAGGGAACGAAGACUAAAAAGAAAAACCUCUUCCAAGCAGACACAGAAAGCGCGCCAGAAAUAAAGCAGAACAGAAGCGAACUCCUCAAAGUUGUUCAAGACUACCCCAUCCUCCCCUACAUCCACCCAGACGACCCAGCAGAGGAGAAAUUUGAACGCGCGAAAUCCCGUGCGUUAGACGACGCGUUGGAGUACAAAAAAUCGCUGAUCACCCUCCGCGCGGAGCACAUCAAGGCGAUCGCAAUCAUGCACAAGAAGACCGGGCAGUACCCGAUGUGGAGACGAAAAUACAAGGUGCCGGCGUUUUAUGAGAGCGCACAACUCCCCUUGCCCUCAUUCAUGUAGCAUCAGCGGCAAUAGAAGCGCCAGCUAGAAUGCGGGUUUCGCAUGACAAAUUUGCGCAGGAGUGUAGUAGCGUUUGGGCUUCUUCCGGAGUAGCUUCUUGUCAUGCAAACAGUGCCAAGAGGCACACCCUGGAUUUUGUGUAUUUUGCAUGACAAAGGAGGGGGAGGCGGAGCUGUGCACUGUCAUACGUUUCGACAAUCUGGCUACCCCGGCGUGACGUGGCGGAAAGGGUGGUUUUAUCAAAUGUAAAAAUGUCUGGGUCUGGAAGGUUGGAACUUGUGAUGCUAACUUUGAACUCUAAAAAAAUCUGUAUUGCAUGACCAGCAAUAGAAGCCCAGUUUGUGCUAAGCGGGGAGGGCAUUUGUCAUGCGGGAUAGGCAUCGGGAAGCCCUCUAAAAAUGUGUGAUGCUAGGCCGUGCAUUACAGACAUCCUGGGCCAUGGAAAAUAUGCAUGACAAACCCGGCAACAUUCCAGACCCAGACACUUUUGCAUUUGAUAGGUUUGGGGAUGGAGGGAACAAUGCGAAGAAAGAGAAGGACAAGGAAAAGGAACAAGAACUACUACACAAUGGUUGUACUAGUGAAGAUCCCAACCCAUUCUCCGCGUUGAAGAACAAUUCCCGCUCCAACAGCAAGGGCAGCUUGAUGGGCACGAAAUACAAUGCGGCGUACGGAAAGUUAGUGUUGGACGACAACCCCCUGAAUUUUUCGGACGAUGACUUCGCCGACGGACGGCCGAACAACAAGGUCUUCAUCGGUGAGCAGGAUGAGAAUCAUAACUCCGAUGUUGAGGAUGAUGAUGACAAAAAUGAUAUGAACGAAAACGAAAAUAGUACAAAACGAAAAGCAAAACAGCAGCAGUUCCGUCCUCCCUGCUGGAUCGCGCAAUUGACCGUUUCGAAAAAGAAGACCCUGCGGAAAUUGUUUGUGCCGCAGAUUUCCAACUGGGAGUACGAUCAGGACAAGAUUGAGGAGGAGGUAGAGCGGACGAAGCAGAAGGCAAUUGAGUGGAGAAUUCAACAGGAGAAGAAACACCUCUGCUACGUGUACUGCACCGAUAAAGAAAAAGCGAAGAUUAAGAAGGCGGAGGAGUUGAAGUUAAAAGGGGAAAAGGAGCUGGAAGAACAGGAGAAAUUGAAGAAAAAACGAAAGAGAAAACCGGCGAAUCAGAAUGAAAUGAAGCACGGGAAGCUGUUUGUCAGCAAGAACGUCGGCGGGACGAAACGGUGGAGGGAAGGGAGGUAUAAGAACGAGGGGGGUGAAGGGGGGAGUGACGAUGGUCAGCAAGACCACAACGCCAGCGAAGAUGACCAGGAAGAUUUUCAAAACAGCGAUGAUGAGGAAAAAGAAAAUGAUAGCGAAAAUAAUGAAGCACACGUCGAAACGAAAGCGGACCAGCGCAUUGCGAACGUGUUCGCAUUGAAGGAGAAAAAAGCGGAAUUCGCGAAACAGCUACAAGCGAAAGAGGAAGAAAUCGCUGCUUCCUUUGCCUACCAGCCGCAACUCACCGGCAAGGGACACGGCGUGCGGUGGAUUUGGUCGGAUCCGAAGAAGACCUCCGUGCGGACCACGGCUGCGGGCACUUGCUUACCGCUGUCCCAUAUCAAGUGCAACUAUGUCUGUGUCUGGAAACUUGUAAUGCUGAGUUGUGAGUAGUGAGUUGUCUGUAAUGCACAGCGAAGCAUGAGAAAUAUUUGCGCUGCUUGGUGUUGCGCUUUCCGCAUAACAAACUGCGUUCUACUUUUGCAUGACAAGCAAAAGGGCCUCUUCUUGGACACGCAUGACAAACUCUUCAGUCAUGCCAGGCAAGCAUGACCAGACCCAGACAUAUUUGCAAUGCAUAUCCCCCGGCUACUGGUGGGCGCGGUUUAUCGAUUCUGGGGUUUGUUUCCUGGAUGAAAAAGUGUACCCGGUGAAGAAUGAAUUGGAUAGUGAGCGGUUGAACUACGAGAAGGAGUGUCUAGCCGCGGCGGAAAAUAAUGAUAACCACACGACGACCACCACGAAGGGAGAACUCAGUGACAAAAUUUCGAUUAAAUACGCCUACCUAAAGCACGGCGGGUUCACGGUUACCGAGCUUGCGGACGCGAGGGAGAAGGCGAUUGAGAAAGUUUACAUGCUAUCCUGAGUAAAAACGUCCCCAUAUACCAGAGUCAGCAUGGAAAAUCUGCUAGACAAAUCAGGCAACUUUGGUUGUUUCGCAUGACAAGUUUCUUGCCCUCGUGGUGUAAUCCUGUUUAGAUUAGUUUGUCAGCAUCACAGAUCUAGCUUAUCAUGCUACUUGUAGCAUCACAAAUUAUCCCAAAACACAACUAAAAAACGCUUCUCAUGUGGCUUCGCAUGAGAAACUUUUUUGGCAUGCAGAUUUGCAUGACACAACUCUGGGGUGGGGAUGUUUUUAUUCAGAAUACAUGCUGCAGCGGAUUCACGAUUUUGACCCGUUGAAGGUCGCCGGGAGGCUAUUGUGAGGAAAAACGUCCCCACCCCAUAGUCAAGAUGGGAAGUCUGCUAGACAAAUCUCCAGGCUUAGGGAGUUGUGCAUGACAAGUUUCCAUUUGCAGGGUGGUGCUUGUUAGCAAGGGGAGCCGCAUGAGAAAGCCACUUUCUCAUCCUGUUUACAGCAUUACAAAAUCCAAAACACAACUGGAAUAAAUGCCUCCCAUGGAGAUGUGCAUUACAAAUGCUCCUGUCAUUGCGCAUUUGCAUUACAGCUACGGGAUGAUGACGUUUUUACAUAGGAUAGAGACGGAAAUCGCGGAACACAACGAAUUCCAGCCGCCAAUCGUCGAAGGAAAGCUGCAACUCCGAUAAGGUGGAAGCGCGAAAUCUCUUCCUGUUCACCGGGAAGGGAAAAGGGAAAAAAGGCCCGAUUAAAGGUCGGGGGAAGAUCGGGAAGGGCGUGUGGCGAAAGAAGGACGGGACGAUAGUGACGCGCGGGCAGAAGAAAAAGAAAAACGCGCUUUUCGCCGCCUUGAGGCAGAUGGAAAAGGAGGCGAAUGCUGGGGAGGAAGAUGGUGGUACUGCUUUUUCGGAAGUAGAAGAUAAUGCUAAAGAGGACGACGCGGAUAACGAUAACUUUAACUACAGUGACGAGGAGAACGAGAUGGAGGUUGAUGAGAAUCAUGAGAUUUAUGACAACGACCUCGCGAGCUUCGAAGACAACAGCGGCUUUCUUGGGAAUAAUAGUGCUGGGUUUCAUCAUCUCGCCGAACAAGAGGAUGAGGAGGAUUUCGAAACAAAGUUUGCCCGGGAACAGGAGCAACAGAGUCAGAAUGAAAAUAAUGAAAAUAUCCAGUUUGGCGAGGAGUUGGACGAGUUUUUUAACGAGAAGAUCGACGGAGAAAUAAACAGCGACGAAGAUAUUAAAGGAAUCGAGUUGCAGGAGCAAAGUGCUAAAAACAAAUUGUUCAGCACGACGACCUCCCUGCAGAAGCAAACCAGCAAAAGCUCGAGUUUCAAUCCGAAUCUAGAAACAAUAAAAGAGGAGGAAGAAGUUCUGGAAUUUGAUGCAAAAGAAGAGAAAAAAAUCUCCUCCCCGCCGCGGAAGAAAGCGAAAAAGGAGUACCUGCUCCCGCCAGAAGAAGAGGAUAGUGCGGAGGAAGAUCUUGACGUGAUGGAAAAAAAGUCGAGCAAUCAUAAUCUCCGUGGUGGUACUUCCGCCUCCUCAUCCAAGCAGCAGAGCAAAGGUCGUGUCUCUUCCAGUUCCGCAAUUUCCAGUUCCUCCAAAAACCAACAUCUUGUCCUCGCAAACGACAAAAUGAAUCCCGCCAACGACCAGGUCGUCGCAGCUCACGACGGUUACAAGAAGUGGUCGCGGGUGAAAGAUUUCAACUACCGUGCCGCAAACGCGAAAAAUCCAGAAACCGGGACGGUGGACUUGCAAAUCGGGAAAAGUAUUCACGACCAGAUCGGAAUUGGCGAUUUCCGGGUAUCGAGGCACGGGAGGGAAAAGAGGAAUCUGUUCACGCAGUUGACCACGCAGGUCACGCAUCACGCGAGUGGGGUGAGUGUUGUGAAGAGGAAGCUGGACGAACAAGAAGAAAAUGCGGCGCUUGAGGACGGAAUGGAGGAACAGGAAAAUUCUGAGUCUGACUCUGAGUCAGAGGAUGAUCAUCAGGAAUCUAGUGGGGACGAAGAUUCAGAAGAAAAUGAAAACCCGGAUGAUAAUGAAUUUGAAGGCGGGGCGGACCACGAGGUGGAAGACGAAGACGCUGCUCGUGAGAGCGAUAAUGAAGACGAUGUUGAAAACUACGACCCUCAUACCGCCAUCGUGGCAGUGGAUGACUACGACGAUCGCAAAGUUCUCGCGCCGAAACGUCCGGCCCCCUUGACGAAAAGGCAAAAAUUCAAAAUGAUCCCGAAAAUGAACGCAUUUGAUGACACGUUCGCCGGGGCCGCGAAAAAACGUACCAUCCGGAAGCCAACGGAAGUGACGCAGCACGUGAAAAAGGAAUUGAAAGCGACGGAAUCGAAAUUAGAGGCGAAACUGAGGCAACGGCGGGAGGAGCAAGCGGCGAAAGGGGGAGGUUCUGGGGGAAAGAAGAAGAAGUAGGAAGCGUUGAUUAUUUCUGAAGGUCUUCAUCUUGCAGAACAAGCUGUGGCGCGGAGGCAAACAGCACGACUUGUUUCGCGAUGGAAUUUUGUAACAUUUCAAAAAUGCAGUUCUUGCAUUUGAGCUACGUAUUUUCAGUUUCAAGAAUUUUAUACCCUUUUGUAGAUCCAUCCCUAUAAGUAGUUCUUCCUGGUAAGUGCCGUUUCCUAAAAAAAGUCUUUACGUAUUGAUUGAAAAACCUUUCAAAUUCGUCAUCAAAAUUGCAAAGAGUUUCUUGACCGUCUUGAUUAUGUAACGCUGUACUCGAGGAGGAAAUGAAAUACCGUAAAAGCUCC